CGCCAGCCAUGGGUCCCACUCAGCACCAGUUCAACCCUUAUGCCGACAACGGCGGCUCGAUCCUCGCCAUCUCGUCGUCCAAGUUUGCCGUCAUUGCCGGCGACACGCGCCAGUCGUCCGGCUACUCGAUCGAGACGCGCACCGCAAAGCGCGUGUACCAGCUCACGCCCGACUGCGCCGUCGCCGUACAGGGCUUCAUGGGCGACGCCAUGGCCUUUGUCAAGCGGUUGAAGCAGCGCCUCGAGUGGUACGGCCACACCCACAACGAGGUGCCCCCACUCAAGUCGAUCGCCCGCCUCGUCCAGACCAUGCUCUACGGCAAGCGCUUCUUCCCCUACUACUCCUACGUGAUCCUGGCCGGCAUCGACCGCGACGGGACGGGCGCCGUCUACUCGUUCGACCCGGUCGGGAGCUACGAGCGCGAGAGCUGCCGUGCGCACGGCAGCGCCCAGUCGCUCGUCCAGCCCUUCCUCGACAACAUGAUCUACAAGAAGAACCAGGUCCCCGACCCGUCGCAGCCGGCUCCCGUCGCCGGCGAGCGCCCCGAAUUCGAGCUCGACGAGGUCAAGCAGCUCCUCACCGACGCCUUUACGGGCGCCGCCGAGCGCCACAUCGAGGUCGGUGACGGGCUCGACAUGCUCGUCAUCGAGAAGGGCAAAGAGGGCAAGCCGACGAGCAUGCAGUGGGUCAACUUGCCGCUCAAGCGGGACUAGACGUUCGAGGCGCGCGAGACGACGAGGAGGACGAGGAGAGCGAGGGGCGAGCGGUCGCCCACCUUUGUACCAUGCAUCGACGAGCAGUCUUUUCUCACGCUCGC